AUGGAAGGCAAAUGGAAUGAAUCAACUCCGAUGCAAUCGAUUCUUUGCAAGUUUCAAUCCAUUAAUCAACAAUUUGAACGAAUGAAAUGCAAUGACAAAACAAAAAUAGACGAUUAUAUCCUUAUUGUUGAUGGCUUGAAGAGUAUUAUCGAUCUUCUAGAAAACCCUCAAGACGAUCGCCAAAAGAGUAGUCUAAAAGCCCAAACUUGUAGUAGGAUCGGUAGUAUCUAUUAUCAUCUAAUCCAAAAUAGCGGUAAAGCCAAGAUUUACUUCGAUAUGUGCAUAGAAUUGGGUGCUCAAAGUGCUUGGUUUGAAAGUUGGUACGUAGAAGCAGUGCAAUUAUCCCAAAAAAUUCAAUCCGAUGCUCAACGAAAUCGAUCAGAUUGGCAAACAUUCGAAAAUAAUUUACCCAAACAGACUACUUCGGGUGUAAAUAGUCACAAUCAGUCGGAUUGGAAAGCAUUCGAGAAAGAUUUACCUCGUCACGAUACUGCCAGUGUAAAUAGUCACAAUCCAAUGGAUGAUGGAAGCGAUCAGAGUCAAACUCCAACAACGGCUGAAAUUAAAUUAUCAUCUAUUAUCAAGAAAUUACAGGCUGCAGACAAGCAAUUAGAUAAAUUACGAAGCAAUAGCAAUUACCAAACUGACCAGGUCUUGAUUUUAAUUGAUACGUAUAAGCAAAUUCUACCUAUAGCUAUGGACGACGAAAUCCAUGAUAGCAGUGUAAUCGCUAAAACAAACAGUAGGAUUGGACUAUUAUUUUAUCAAUUCUUGAAAAAACCAGAAAAAGCCAAAGUCUAUUUCACACGUUGUAAAAUCGUUCAUCAGGCCAACAAUGAUGGUAAUAGCAAUGAAGAGGAUUGGUACCAAGAAGCCAAUACUAUGUUAAAUUUAAUUCAACAAGAAGAUCAUCCUAAACCUACUGAGGGUCAACGUCCGACUAAUGACAGCUCUCCAUGGCGCCAACAUUUUCCUGACUCGUUUGAAAAUGAUAAAACUAAUGGCAGCUAUUCUACUUUUAUGGAUCAUGUUAGUCAUGAUACUAAAACUGUUUUUACUGACGAAGAUUUAUUCUCAUCAUGUAAUGGCGACGAUAGUCCAAUUGAAGUAAUGCUAGAUUCGACCAAUAAAGAAUACAAUUGUAUAAUUAAAAGUAUGAAUCAUAACAAUAAUACUACUACUUUAAAAUUAAUUCAGACAUAUCAACAACUUAUUCCUCGUUUCCAUCCUUCACAAUAUCAAAUUGUUGCUGAGAUACAAUCUAAGUUAGGAAAUAUUUACUACAAAAUCAUUCGAAAUUUAAAUAAAGCGAGAGAAUUUUACGUUAAAUGUAUUCAAUUAAUGGACACGCAUAGUAAUAAGGAUGAAAAUUCAGCAAGCGAUUGGCUAAUUGCAGCUCGUCAGUCACUCGAUCAAAUCAAUAAAUUGAAGGCAGCUAGUGACCGUUGCAAUGUAAAUGCUUUUCAAUAUGACAAUUCGAUGUCAAAUGACUUUGGUCAAAGCACCAGUGGUAGUAAUAAUCAGUGGUCAUUUAAUUCUGGUUAUACGAUAUUUGACUCUUAUUGGACGCCUCAAAACGUCUUUAUAGCGAAAUUAAAACUUGAUGUAGCAGAAGAGAAAUUAAAACGUUCGCUUCAUUCCAAUAGCACCAAUUCUGAUUUACUCACACAAUUGAAGAAAACCUUUCAAGAAAUUAUUCAAAGUGCUAUCUUUAAUGAAGAAAACUUAAAAGCAAGAGCAUAUUAUAAUAUUGCCCUAAUGCAAUAUCAUUUAGAUGUUGACAAAAAUGCGGCAAGAACGGGCUUAGAAGCAUGUAUUAGAGAGGCGGGCAGUAGUUGUACAACUGAGCAGUGGUAUCAAGAUGCACACCAACUAUUAAAAACAAUAAUACGAGGAGAUAAUACUGCAUCUACUUCGAGUAAGCAAUCAACCACAACUGAAAGAACAGAUAUUGAUCCUUCAUCUUUUUCGUACGACAAUCAUAUUAGAUUACAAAUUGCUAAGCAAAGGUUUCAUACUUCUGAUCAAAAAUUAAAUACUCUCCAAGAAGCUAACGACAGCUGCGAUCGAGAUUUUGAAGCGUUAAUUUUAAUUGAUUCAUAUAAAGAGAUUAUUUUCUUAUUAAAUAAAAAUCAUUUAGAUCUAAUAGCUCAAGCUAACUGUAGAAUUGGGAAAAUCUAUUAUUACAUUGUCCGAAAUAACGAUAAAGCUAUACAUUACUGUCAACACUGUAUUGAUAUGGCAUCAAAGGAGUCGCGACUAGAGAGCUGGUGUAGAGCGGCAUUUGAUAUUAUUCAGAAAAUCUCAAAAGAAACGGAAGAAAAUAUUAAUAAGCAAGAAGAAGAUAAUUUUGACAUCAAUACUGAGCUUAUUCAGGAAGAAGAGAAUCUACGACAAUCUUGUAACAGCAUCGAGAAGCUUUUACGUUUCAUUUACCAAAAGUAUCCACUGCCUCAAUACAGAGAGAAAAGCUAUCAGUUACCGAAAGUUAUUACCAUCUCUCAGGAAAAGCGAUUGUUGAAUAAGGCUCUAGUACAUUAUCAUCCAGAUCGCAAUUCUAGGCGCGAAUACGGUUUAAGAUGGUAUAAACGGUGCGAAAUGAUAACAAGAUGUAUUAAUGAAUGUAAGAAGAAAGCUGCUAUCGCUAAUUGGGCUACGUUUGAGAAUGUAUGA